AUGUCUUCAGAUCUUGAGUCGGUUUUUGCCGAGUUGGGGCUGUCACAGUAUCUCGGCUCCUUCGUCGAGCAAGGAUUUGAUGAGUGGGAUAUCAUUCUAGAUAUCCAAGAGUCCGACCUAGAUGCAUUGGGUGUAAAACUUGGCCACCGAAGGAAACUUCAGAGAAGAAUAGCCAACGCUAGAGGAAUUUCUCCCUCGGUCUCAUUGUCGACGCCUGUAAGGUCAAUAAGUGAAGAUGUAAAGCCCGACGGUGUGCAACCUGAGCCCAGUCGGACGGAAACUCCUCCAGAAGGACAAGGUGUUGCCAAAAGAAAAUAUCGACGUCAUCCCAAGGCCGACGAGAACGCCCCUGAGCGACCCCCUUCGGCAUAUGUCUUGUUCUCCAAUAAAAUGAGAGAGGAUUUGAGGAGUCAAAAUCUCACCUUCACGGAGAUUGCUAAACUCGUAGGAGAGAACUGGCAAAACCUGAACGCAAACGAGAAAGAGGCGUACGAAAGUCAGGCAAAUGCCGACAAGGAGAAGUACCAUCGUGACUUGAUGGAGUAUAAAAAGACAUCGGACUACCGGAAAUAUGUGCAAUACCUCCAUGAGUUCAAGGAGAAGCAAUCCAAGCGGACUCAAGUCGAUGUGUCAAAGAGGACUAAGUUAGAUCCUGCCCGAUUACGACACAGCAGCAGCAGUAGCAGCACCAUGACACCGGGGGGUAACACAUCGAGUGGAAGCGAGAGGCUGCAGGGGAGCGAACCACCGCCAUGUCGUCGAGAGAGGUUGAAUUCGAUUGCUUCGGUAGCAGAGUCGCAGCUCUCAUCAACAACGUCCACGCUAUUGUCUCAGUCAAACUCGUAUGAUGAUAACAUGCCGAUGUCGUCGCCACAGCCCGUUUACUUCGACGCCGGUAGCCCCCGAGAGAUUCAUCACCAGCAUGCUAAACGGCAGCAUUCCUGGCGAGAAAGUGGACGCCCACUUGACUCGUCCCACCAACACCUACCGUCACUGUCGAACAUGCUUGAGGAAGGACGGAAAGGAAUGCCUGUUUCGUCCGGAUCGGAGGGAAAUCCCUAUUCGAGUGGUUUCGUUGCCGCCAACCACCCCAGAUCAGUACCCGAGGUGCCCAACGUCUUGCCAUCAGCGCCGCCAAAGAUUCCCCUUCUUCGACAUGAACCAUCGUCCAAUAGUAGCGUUGGCUCGAUAAGCCCAGCAGCAAGUUUUGUACGAACGCCUGGUGAGGGGCCGCUUCCGAUUCAUGCCCUCCUAUCCCACCAUCAGAUGCCGACUCCCGUUGCUGUAAAUGCAGCCAUGUUCGAACGAGGAUCCUCAAUUUCUGGUGUCGGCACGACUCCGAGCCCGACAGACCCUGCACCGCUUUCACGGCCUCCUUUUGGCCAUGGUGUAGUGACAAGGGGAUAUGGCUCCCAACCUCUUCCACCAACUGGUCCUCCAGCUAGGAAUGACGAAUAUAUGGUCGACAGCGAUAUCCAAAUGACAUCGGCACCAGAUCUUGCUACUCCUAUCGAAGAGCGUCUCAAGAGCCGCCUGGAUGGUAUGAGUGUUCUUCUGAGAGCCGGCGAGAUUGUCGAACAGCACGGACGACACGAACGACGACGAUAG